UGUUAAUCAAGGGCUUUAAAUGGGAGAGAGACAAUCGGAAGGGUGAGAGAGUGAGGGAAAGAUGGAGAAGGGAAGGAGGUCAUCUCCGGUUCAUGUUUUGGCCCUUCCAUAUCCAAGCCAAGGCCACCUUAACCCUAUGCUCCAAUUCUGCAAUCGCCUUGCCUCCAAAGGCCUCAAAGCCACUCUUGCCAUCACAACUUUCAUCUCCAAUUCCCUGCACCCCGACUCCGACUCUGUCGGAUUCGACACGAUAUCCGACGGCUACGACGAAGGCGGCUUCAUGCAAGCAGGUGACGUCCAAGCGUACCUCACCCGCUUUGAAUCCGCUGGCUCAAAAACCCUAGCUGAACUCAUCAAGAGGCACGAAAGCUCCGGCUGUCCCGUUGAUUGCGUCGUUUAUGAUGCGUUCAUGCCUUGGGCUCUGGAAGUAGCCAAACAGCAUGGCUUAGCCGGGGCUGCUUUCUUCUCGCAGCCCUGUGCCGUUAAUUACGUGUAUUAUUACGCUCAUCACGGAUUUCUGACGCUGCCAGUGUCGUCGUUGCCGGUCUCGAUCCCCGGGAUGCCGUUGCUUGAGUUGGAGGACAUGCCAUCAUUCAUUUAUGAUCAUGGUUCCUAUCCAGCUUACUUUGAGAUGGUUCUAAACCAGUUCUCAAAUGUGGAGAAAGCUGAUUAUAUUCUUGUUAACACAUUCUACAAGUUGGAGGAUAAGGUGGUGGACGCAAUGUCAAAAGUCAGCCCAAUGUUGACAAUUGGCCCAACAAUUCCAUCUUUCUACUUGGACAAAAGAGUCCAAAAUGACAAAGACUAUGGGCUCAAUCUCUUCAAAAUAUUGGACCCCUCCGUUUGCCUUGAAUGGCUAAGCAACAAGCCCAAAAGGUCUGUUGUCUAUGUCUCAUUUGGUAGCAUGGCACAUCUAAGUGAAGAGCAAAUGGAGGAACUAGCAUGGGGCUUCAAGGGAACCAAUUUCUACUUCUUGUGGGUCGUUAGGGCAGCCGAGGAAGCCAAGCUACCGAAAAAUUUUGCCGAGGAGACAUUCGGCAGGGGCUUGAUGGUUGAAUGGAGCCCGCAACUGGAAGUGUUGGCGAGCGAGGCCGUCGGUUGUUUCUUUUCGCAUUGCGGGUGGAAUUCGACUAUCGAGGCAUUGAGCUUGGGGGUUCCGAUGGUUGUAAUGCCACAAUGGACCGACCAGACGACGAAUGCCAAGUUUGUCCAAGAUGUUUGGAAGGUGGGUAUUAGGGUUAAGAUGGAUGAGAAGGGCAUUGUUGGGAGAAAAGAAGUUGAGAGUUGUAUAAAGGAAGUGAUGGAAGGGGAGAGUGGGGAAGAAAUGAAGAAGAAUGCUACAAAAUGGAGGGAUUUGGCUAAAGAAGCUGUCAGUGAAGGUGGAACUUCUGAUAAGAACGUUGAUGAAUUUGUGUCUAGAUUAACCAACUCUUUGUGCUAAUCUUGAAACCAAGCGUUAUCAUCAUAUUCCUAUGGUAAACGUAAAAUUGUGCCUUCCAUAUUCAUGUCUCGUCGUGUCAAUCCAAGUGCAUUACAAAAAAUGAGUCAAAUAACGAUUUCAUGUAACAUAGACUCCGUGUAUUGUAAUUGAGUUUUUUGGUUGAGAGGAUUUAUAAAUGUAAAUAAUCCCAAUAGACUCA